AUGAAAGUGUUUAUUUUAACAUUUUUUCUUGGAAUAGUACAUGCAUCAUCAAAAAACAUUGAAUUUAUUCAUAAAAAAUCUACAUUAGAUCAGUUAUUAGAUAGGUCAUUAUAUUCAAUAACUAAAGAAAGGAUUUUUGCUUUAAUUCUAAAAGAAAAUGCAAUUAAUAAUCAUUGUCAUGAAAAGCUAAAAGAAUAUUGUGAAGAUUUGGAAAAAAUAGGUCUAAAUUUAAACAAUUAUCAUUUUAAAUUGAACGAGUUAUGUGAAAAAUCGAAGAUGAGUGAAAAAUGUAUUAAUUUAGGAGAAAAUAUUAAGAAAAGUUGUGAUAUACUUAAACAUGCUUUAACAGAUGCUAUAAAAAAACCAUCAGCAACAAAUGAAGAUUGUGAAAUGGAAACUGAAUGUAUGUUUUGGGAGGGAGUAUCUCCAGAAGAACUUACAGAAAAAUGCAAUAAUUUAAGAAUAAUUUGUAGAAAAAGAAAAAGACAUAAUUUAACAAAAAAAUUUCUUUUAAGAGUAUUUAAUGAAAAUAUAAAAACAGUAGAAACGUGUAAACAAGUUAUUAAUGAGAAAUGUCAUGUAUUCAUGAAAGAAAGCGAUGAAUUAAUGCAGUUUUGCUUAAGUCCUUUAAAUAGAUGCAGGGACCUUAUACAUUUUAUGAAAGAUGAAUACACCGAAUUAAAAAUAAAUAUAGAACAGUUUUUUAAAAAUCCUAAAAUAUCAGAAGAAAAAUGUAAUUUUUUGCUUGAUGAGUGUUACUUUUAUGGAUCAAAUUAUAAUAAUAAUCUUCAAGAUAUAUGCAAAGAACUAGAAAAAAAAUGUAAAAAAAAAGUGAAAUACAUACCACCAAGUUCAACCUUUAAUCCAAUAGGAAAAGAUUUUACAUUGAUGGAAAAAGUAAAAAAAAAGAAAUUAUUUAGAGAUGAAAUUGGAAAGCCGAGAAUGAAAGAUAUGAUCGACCUUUUAGUAUUAAUGGUAAACAAUGAUCUAGAAGACUGCAAAACUUAUGUUGAAAGAUGUUAUGAAUUUUGUAGCUCUCUACCUCAACUAAAAAAUUUAUAUGACAACACUAAAAAAAAAAUAAGUGAAAAUAAGGAAGAAAUAUGUACUAACCUAAAAGACACUCUAAAACCUAGAUGCAAAGCUUUAAAAUUAGAAUUGUACAGCUUAUCAUUAUCAGACACAACCGACGAUAAUAAAGAAACCACACUACUGAAAUGGACUGAACAAUUUACAGAAUUUGAUGAAGAGCUUUGUACAGAGUUAGAAUCAAAAUGUUUUUAUUAUAGGAGACCUUGUAAUUUAGAAAAUAUUAAGCUUAACAAUGCAUGUGGUAAUGUGAAUUCAGCAUGCUUAAAAACACGACUUCUUAAAAGAGAAUAUCAACUACUUCAAAAUAAAUUAACAGGGAAACUUCAUAAUUUAAUGAUAAAUGAUGCUCUCAAAACAUGUGUAAAUGAACUGUUAAAUCUAUGUAAGGAAAAUGUUGACAUUAAAGAACCACUUUUAGCAGAUUUAUGCUUGCAUCCAAAAAAUACAUGCCAGAUGCUUGCAAAAGAUAUUGAAAAACAAAGUCAAGAAUUAAAUAAAAAUCUAAAUAAGAAAAAAGAUUCUAUAAAUGAAGAAGAUUGCAUGGAACUGGAAGAAAAAUGCAAGAUACUAGGACAAGAUUCAAGAAUAAAUGAAUUUUUAUGUCUUGAACUAAACAAGAAGUGUGAUCAUUUAAAAAAUACAAAAGAAUUAGAGGAAAUUUUGAUAAAAGAAAAAACAGAGAAAUUGUAUGAUUUACAUACAUGCAUAAAAAAAAUGACAGAAAGAUGUAAUAACUGGCCUAAAAAAACGAAAACAUUAUUUACUAUUUCGUGUAUACAAGUGAACAUUACUUGCAGAAUAAUUAUUGAAGACGUUAAAUUUAAAUGCAAUACAUUAAGAAAAAAUAUGAAUAUUAUGAAAAUUUCAGAAAAAAUAAAAACCAAAGAUAUAAAUAUAAAAAAACAAAUAUGCGACUUUUGGGAACCAUAUUGUGAUAAGUUUAUGUUAAGUUGUAAAGGACUUAUACAAAAUGAUAGCAAAGAUGGAAAAUGUGAAGAACUAAAAGAGAAUUGUAAAUCAUAUCAGGAACCAAGUGAAGGUUUAAGAAUGAAUGGCUGGAGUAUUAUAAAAGAAACUAUACUAGGAGUAAUAAUUUCACUUGUAAUAUAA